GCGGCGGUUCAUAUUUGAGUGUGGAGCCGGUGAGGGAUCACACUGAAGCUCUCUAGUUUUUAACGUUUCUAGACUAAUGAAAACUACUUAAACUCCACAGUUUUAGUUUUUAAACCUGUAAAAACGCGUCUUAUGGAAAUAGAGAGAUUAAACCAUUUCAGGAGGUCGAUUGACUUUGGUAAGUUUGAUCCUAAAAAGUUUUCUUUAUCUUUAAUUUGGCGUUUCUUGUACUCCUCGUCGACAGAGCUCAAAAAUUAUGUCAGUAGUGUCACAAGUUUAGUUUAUCUUACCAUUCGUGUUAUUGACUAACUCGCUAACCGUGACUAAUACAGCAAAAAUUAACAAUAUCGCUUUUUCAAUGCAAAAAUCCGUCAAAGUCAGCGUUAUGUGGAAAAUAUAAAGUUGUUUUCCCUUUAGAAUGUAUACGCAAAUGUGUAUGGUUUAACACUUUCAUGUGAUUCAUAAUUAUGUUUCAGACUGUUAACCUUUGUAACUUUUCAGCGAUUGAUUCUGUUCAAAGUCGGUUUAAAUCACUGGAAUCAUUCUAAUACUCCUAGUUUAUUGUUUAAUUUUGUGCUUAUUUCUUUUAGUAACAUAAUACCUAUAAAUUUAAUAAUAGUUCUUAGAAAUAUGUCUCAAAUUUGUUGAGUACACAGAUGGACCGAUUAACCGGUCAUUGUGAUAUAAUCCUCUGCGCGUUCCUGUUCUUAUGAGGCAGACUAAAACCAUGAAAAACAAAUGAUAUCUGCAGACACUGCAGGCAGUCUUUUGAGUGUGGCUGCUGUUCAGUCAUGCUAACGUCCUCUCAGUGUUAACAGGUUUUUUUCUCAUCCUAAACAAAUGCAUCUUGAGUAUAAAAAAGGUCAGUUUAAUAUUUUUUCUGGUUGCUGACCGUUAUUUGUUUUUUAGCAGCUGAUACCGAGAGUGAAUGUUGACUGAUGUCAAUAUGUUUGGUCAAUAUUGCAUCAUGUAUAAAUUCAUUACUUCAUGCACAUAAAAAAACUAACACUUGCUUAUUUGGAUGAGUAACAUGAUGUAGAUGGAUUUUAAUAAAAAUUGAUCAUUUAGACAAGCUGAUGAUACCAUCGACCUUCUGGUUAAGAUAGCGAUGUGUUUUCAUCAUUAUAUCAGCAUCAUACACUGGUCAACCUGCUCUUUGAUCAACAGUAGCAUAUCGACUGUUGGAAAAAAAAUUGGCAUUACUAAUUAAAAAACUUUAGUGUCUGUGGUUCUUAUAUCUUGAUUUAAAGUUGACUUUUUUUUGCAGUGGUAUAAUAGAAAAUAGCUUUAAAUGUAUAAAUACCACAGUGUGUUUCUGUUGUGUGGUAAUAUGGCAGGGCUCCAGUGAUAGUUGUGGUUGUCAGGCGGGUCUGUCCGGCUCUGUGUGGCCCAGCUGCUCCCUUUUGUUUGGGCGGCUCAAACUGAUUAACAUGCACCAUCCUCCGGAGCAUCUGUCCCCACAGACGCUGCUUUUGUUCCCUCGUGUCAAACUUGAAAGUUGGUCCUAUUUGUCCAACUGUCUGCUGGAGGACAUGUCAACCCCUCUGCACACGCAAAUGUUGACCUAUAAAACAUAAAGACUGUUAAUGAUGUCUGGAAUAAAUCAGAGCUGAGCCACAGUGAUGGUCACUGUUGGAGUUUUUGUUGUAGACUGAAGGUUUGAUGGACCAUUUCACUGGAUAAAACACUGGUUUUACCAGCUUUUGCUAACAGAGAAAAAAAUCAGUUAUAUUUUAUGAAACUGUCUCCGCAAAAGAACAGAUCUGAUCUGGUUUGAAUUUUCAUCUUGGAGCUUUCUUACACUAAGAAAACAAUCACAAAAUGUUGGGAUGCAGUCAUUGCAAACGACCACCAACGGGUCAACUAAUGGUGGACAAAAGACAGGAGGGUCAUAAAGGCUGUUGUAUAGGACUUCAUAUUGUUGUUUCUCCAUUAUCCGCUCCAUAAAUACAUUAGUACAGUGAACCCACUUAGAGUCAAAUCCACUCGCUUUGUGAGCCCCACAUCUUUCAGGUGUUAAACUGUGUGUUUCUGUCAGAGAAGAUAAGUGCAGUAGCUUAGGUUGUAGAGCAGUCAUCCAACAUUUGAAAGAUUGGUGGUUCUACUCCCCCCUAUCCCUAGUCUGUACGUCGUGUCCUUGGGCAAGACACCUACCUCACUUCCAGUGUGUGUCCUCCACUGGUGUAUGAUUAGUGUCUGCUAAAUAACAUCAUUGAAAGUGUUCAGAGACCAUCUGGAGCCAAUCCCUUGAGAAUACAAGUACUCUGUCAUGAUUUAUGUGUAAAUUUCAGCAAAAUAUUAUUUCUGUUAUUAGUUGGCUAUGCUAAUGGAAACCUGCCAUCUUUGUUGUGGUUGUUGACCAAUUAGAGGUUGUACUACAAUUAGUUUUUAUGAUGGUUAUCCUGGCAGCAGGUAUGACAGAAAAGCUCUUUGAAUUUGUAAAAGCUCUGUGGUCAAACAGUCACACAAACAGAUUAACCUGUUCAUGCAGAGGUAGAUCAGCAACUCCCCUCUUCUAAUAAGUGAAAUUCCUGUUGUUUUUUUUUCAAAUAGAGUUUGGUGGAGGUAACUUUUUCUCAUCCAUCUUAAAAAAAAACGGUUGGUACUUUUUUGUCAUUAAGCAUUGUUAAUCUGGUUUAGUGUGCCCUAAUUUCUGUCUUAACAUGUCUGAAAUAAUCCAUUUAAAUUGUUUACAUGGUUCAGCAAUGAGACCAAAGUCGCGCUAAUCUGCUGCUAAUUGAGUUAUUAGUCCUGAUUGUUUUGUUUCCUUGACCCCCUUCCCCCCUCACUCUCUCUCACACACAUUCACACUCCUCCUCUUGUUAAGGACACAAUUUGGUGUGUUUGUCGCACUUUUAUCUCAGUCUGAUACCAUGGUAAACAGGCUUAGUUGUGCGUUGUUUUUUUUGGCCUGUGUGUUGAUCAAGGGUUUUGUGAAUAUUUUCUCCUGAUGGCUGAUGUUCAAAAUCACACACUGGGCGCAAAGUUUGGUCAGUACCGGACAAAAAUAAGAGGCUAAACGGAGCUGAGAAGUGAUUCAGGUAACAUGUAAACCCUCAUGCUUUUAUUUUAACUCUGUUCACCUACUUUAACUUGUUUGUUCUUAAUUAUUGUGGGUUAAUGUAUCAGUCUGAAUAUACAAGGGACCAUGCAGAUCAAUAAACGCUCUUCAAAAAAACAUGGAUGUAUUAUCAGUCCAUCCCUCCAUCAUCGAUCAGCCCAUUCAUCAAUCCAUUCAUUCAACUAUCAAUACAUCAAUUUAUCUUUACUAUCCCCAUUCAUCCAUCUGUCCAUUUAUCCAUUAAUCCAUCCAGUCACUCAUUCCAUCAGUCAGUAUAUCAGCCCAUCCAUAUAUCCAUUUACCUAUCCAUCCAUCACCCUAUCAGUCCAUCUUUUUGUUCAUCUAUAUCGCCCAAGGAUGUCAGUACCAGUCUGCCAUCUGUCCCUGACAUCCUUCACUCCAUAAAUGCGAUCUGCCUCUUUAUGGGCAUUACUCUGGUGUUUCCAGGUAAGGUUGGAAAUGUCAUUUAAAGGUGGCGUCAGAGCAGAAAUUAUUAUUUUUAUCAUAAUUGCUUCAUAAUUGGCAGGUAGCAGCUAAUAAAGAAAUGCCACUGAUCGACCUAUGAUGAGUUCAUGGCAGUCUGGUAUCAUGUUUUCAUUACUCCUAAUGCUGCAAUAAGGCAAGCCUGUUGAUAUGAGUAUGAGUCAGACCUAAAGGCAUUUUAGCAUACAAUAAACCCUGUAAUCUGUGGUCAAAACAUGGCCAUCUUGGUUUCGCUUUUUCUGGUCAGUCACAAUCUGUGAGAUCAUUUGAGUCACAUGAGGGAUAAACCAGCAGGACGUGUGAUUCACCUCUGUGUCAAACCAAACCCUUUAUCUCUACCACAAGAGGCACGAGACGCACAAAAGGGCACUUAUUCCAGAGGAGUGAAGUCACUACAGAGGUCGACCUCUACAUGUGGCGUUCUGUUAUAGGCAGUGAAUGAGUCUCUGUCCCUCUGAAGCUCGCUGAUAUCAGCUCUGAAUUCAGCUGAUAAACAUCUCAGAGUGCGCUGCAGGGUUUCCCCACGGAACUAAGAGGAGGAGGUGUGAGCAUCAGAGUUAGACUAACAUAACUUGGCAUUUGUUCACCCCUCAGUCCUCCCUCUGUCAGACGUGUCAUCCAUCUAAGGUCACCUCUGGCCUCAUUAACCAGGUAGCAAUGGUAAAAAGUGCUGUAAUCCCUGUUGCAUCACUUUUUCUUUUCCAAACACUCUGUAAAUGUAAGUGAACCCAGGACACCAGUUUCUGGAGUUUUUUACCAAGUUUAGCUGUUCAACAGCCCAAAAUGUUUUCAAUAGGUGCCAAAGUAGGCCAGUCUAGCAGCAGGAGGACCCUUCUACUACAGAGCCAAGAGAGAAUGUGGUUUGUUACUGUCUUGCUGAAAUAUGAAGGUCUUCCCUGAAAAAGUCGUUGUCUGGAUGGUAGCACAUGUUGCCUGUAAGUAUAGUGCAGCAUUGAUGGAGCGUUCACAGACAUAGAAGUUACCCAUGACAUGGACUUGGAUGAUCCCUAUACUAUCAGGGAUGCUGGCUUUGAACUGUGCUGAUGCUGGGAAUUGCCCUUUUCAAAGCUUGGGGACCUAACAGAGGUCCUCUGUAGGUUUUGUUGAUGCUGUGUCGUCUUUGGCAGCCUUAUUUCUGAGUUGAGUUUCUGCAUGAAUGCUUAACUUGUCUUCUUCAUGGUACAACACACUAAAACAUGACUCCCUGUGAGUCACCCCCAUGUUUUACACUUAACAACCCAGCUCAGUGUGCAGGACUGAAUACACACAUUGUCCCACCCUGCUGCCCUCAGUACAAAGAGAGUCUGGGUCUAAUGUAGUCAUUUAUAGUGCUCUAGUUACAGCUUCAUGAUGCUUUUUCUGUCAACGUUUUUGCUAAACUGCUAUUCAAAUAUGUCUUCUGUUUUUUCCUCCAGGUGAUGAGUGAACCUGAAGUGAUGGAGACACUCUGAGGGAGAUACACGGACGGUCCUUGCCCCUUCUCCUUCUCGAAGGCUGCAGAGAUGUUUUCUCUCAGUCAGGACAACAUCCCCACCUCCCCGACUUCCAACAAAGGACCCGUCAAAUAUGGAGAGCUCAUCGUGCUUGGGUAAGAGAUUGUGGUUAUGAUGGAGAUUUGCUGUUUUAACCUUAUGUUUAUUUUAUAUCUGGUGUGGAGGAAAAAACAAACAAAAGAAAACUAAAAUAACUGCAACAGAAAAAUAAAAGGAAAUGAAGUACUCCAGACCUGCAGGGGUGCUCAGCAGAAGCAUCUAAUUGAUGGAGGAAAUGAGGGAGACUGUGCACUCUUUUGCGCUGGUUUGGGACUCAGCAUGUGUUCUUGAAACUGCAGCAUGUUUUCCAAAUGGAGAUGGUUUGGGCCAUUACAGAUUGGUUCCUCACUGGCCGCUUUAUUCAGAAUAAGUACUGUUUUUCAAAAUCCUGACUUAAAGGAAUAUUCCAGCGUAAAAUUAAUUUAGGGUCAAACACACCAUAACACCGAGUUAGACACCCCCUCGAGAGAUGAAUGUUGCAGACCGCUUGCUUCUCUAGUUAUACCAACUUUAGUAACGACUGCAUGAUAGCAAUACACAGCGGUCUAAGGAGCCAUAAACAAACCUCAACCAAAACGCCACUCUAUAACCACAAAUAAUGCUCAGAGCAGCACCUAACUUCAUCAACAGUACAUAUAGGGUCCUAGCCAUAGUACUAGCCACCAAACAUCUUUUUAGAUUGGCCUAAUUUUUUUUAGCAAAGAGACUAAACACAACUCACCUACUCUCUUCCAGCAGCCGCUUGUUUGUAGCGAGACCUCGGGCCAAUCCAUUACAGACUCCAGUGGGGGGACGCAGCUCAAGGAAGAACAUUUAUGAUCAUUACUUUAUCAUUUCCUUGAAGUAAUAAUCACCAUAUUAAUCAUUUUGCACUGCAGAUGCAAGGGAAUUGUAACUGCAUUGUUGCUUAUGACCUUCUGUUGCCUUUGGCAUCAUAGUUAUUGAAUCUCAGUGGAUAUACAGAUAAAACGUUGUUGAAGGAACCUUUUUCAAUCUUUAAAAGUAGUUUCUAGGACUCAAAGAUCCACUUUAUUUUGGUGAAAAUGCAUCUGUCAUCGAACAUGACAUCUCCCAUUGGUUCGGAUAAGAGGUCGACAACUAAGUUUUCUCCCCAGGAGCAGUAACCCUCUGUUUCAGAGACGUUUAACACACAGAUAAGCCCAACCCCAGCAGAGAAAGUAGCCGACGUCCUGCCUGGAGGCCUGUCUCUGUGCUUCAGGGAGCUCGGCUGCUGUGGUUUCAGAUCUUUUGUUUGCUUUUCUAUUAGAAAGUCCUCGUGUGGAGUUAGGCCGUCUGAGAGGCCCAACAACCCACAAUUACUCUGCUCAUAGGGUCUAAUUUUAAAGAGCUGUGGAGUUUGUAAAAACAGAGGUCGUGCUGUGUGUGACAGAGUGGAGAGAGGUCAGUCUGAGUUUGUGUAAGAAAGGAGGUCACUUUAUCUGAAUAAAUGCAGGAAGUUUGCAUUAUCCCCUGAAAGAAUGGCUCCGUGUUGAGCUGAACUUUGCUGUUGACUUGACCUUCGUCUGCGCUCAGAGAUAACCUCCAGACUUUUAUUCAAAGGUCAGACAGCGUUUGACUUCAGAAGUUUUCUAUUCAGAUUUACUGCCGACCACAGCGGUUAUAGCGUUCUGCAAAUACAUGACGUUUUGUAAAAGUCAGUUAAAGCUGUAAUUAACGGCGUCCCGAUGGCUCGAGUGGAUAAAUUAAACCAAAUUAGCACCACGGCUUCCUGUUUUUCAGUCCAGACUCACUCGGUGAUUUCUCUCCCUCUGAGAGGAUCCUGCGUGGAGUUCAAACUGUGAAGAAAUGGUCAUAAUGUAGCUCAUAAUAUCAGAAAAUAUGAUGAAUAAUGGUGGUUUUAGGCAGACAGAUAAAUGGCAUGUUUAGUAGGGCUGAAUGAUAUUGAACAGAAUGAAGUGUUUUUUUCAUUUUAGUGAUGAAUAUUGCAAAAUGAAAAAUACAGGAACUUACUCCAGAGAAAAUGAGUGUAUUUUAAAUGAGAGACUGCAUUUAAGUGAUCUCAAACGGAAAUCACGUAUGGAGGAAAAUCCUCCACUGACGGGGCAAAAACCUCAAGCUAAGUCUUUAAUUAGAGAAGUUUCAAGCCAGUGUAUUCACUCUUUAUCACCUCAAACAAGUUUAUACUUCGUCUGACAUAAACGGAGACAGUCUCAGGUUCCACACAGCUUCAUGCCAGCUCCGAAAACACCAAGACAAAAGCAAACAAAAGGUCUGAAACCACAGCAGCCCAGAUCCCUGAACCACAGGCUCUCUAUUGUCUCUGCAGUGAAAGGCCUUCAGUCAGGAAGUCAGCUGAAGUCUCUGCUCUGGACUUUCUACUCAACUGGAUCCAUGUUGCUCCUGGACAAUGAACAAGAUCCACAAGUCAAGAUUUUACUGGAUAAACUUAAAGAAAAAUGAUCAGAUGUGAUUUUUAGAAUAAAUCAGUUGAUCUUAAAGUUAAACAAAUACAAAUAGCUGGACAGCAACUGGUUUGGCAGAUGAAGAUGUUUUAACUUGCUAACUUGAGUGACCCAUAUCCCCAAAUACACACUGAAUACACACUUGUUUUAACACUGCCAUUAAACAGAAUAAUAAAGUGUGUCUGAGGUGACUUUUUUGAAGGAAAAAACUUGAGUGGCUUCACACAAAACUUUAUUCUAUGAAACCUGUUAAAUUUUUGGAAGAGCCAGAGAAACUUCAACAUGAAGAAACAUUUUUUUGAACAUCCUAAAAAGUUUUAAGAGAAGUUAUUGUACAAUGUAGUGGAACUUUUUCAAGAACUGGGGAAACGUCUUUUGCAAGGUUAUGAAAGAGGUUACAAGGUUACAAAAAAGCCGAAUUUAGAAAAACUUUUUUUUUAUUCUAAAAACCUUAAACAGGAUCAUAGAAAUUGACUACCAAGAAACUAUUUUUGAGAUUCAAACAAACUUUUGUAAGAUCACAAAAACAUCCAUAAGACCACUAAGAACUUUUGCAAAAUCCUGAGAAAUGUUGAAAGAUUUCAUGAAACUUUUAUACAAUUAUGAGAAUCUUAACAGCAUCUAAAAAAAAAAAAAAGAUAUCUUGAGAAACUUUUGCAUGAGCCCACAUAUUUCUGAGUCUGAGGAACUUUUGCAAAUUCUGAGAAUCCUUUGCAGAAUUGUGAAAAACCUUCUCCGAGGACUAGAGUAUUUUUUGCAAAACCCCAAGAAAUGGAAAAAUAAAACAUGUUAGCAAAAAUCCUAAAAUAAUUUUUGCUUUAGCCCAUCAACUUUUGCAAGAUCCAGAGUAUUUUUCAGAGAGUUGAAACAUUUUUGGGGCAAAUUUUUGAUCAAGAUGAAUCUUUUGCAAGACAUUGAAAACCUUCCUCAAGACCCAGGGAAACUUUUGCAAGUUCCAGGGAAAUGAAAAGAACAAUGAGGUCUGAGAAACUGCUUCAUGAGCCUGCCAACUCUUGCCAGGUUUUGAGAAAUAUUCGCUAGAUUUUUACUAGUUUUGCCAGGUCCCCGGUAAAGUAUGUAAGAUCCUCAGAAACUUUUGCAGUAUUCUAAAAACUUUGGCAAAGUUUGAGAAACUUUUUGCAAUAUUUUGAUUCUCAUCAAUGCAGCCUGCCGGUGUCAGUGACUUAGUUGUGAACUAUUGCUUUAUAACAAUGACACUGUUUCUGUCCUGUUAAGGUUGACUGUGAGCUGCCUAUUUCUUCUGUUGUUCUGUGGAGAAGUGAUAAUCUUUAAAACUCUCACACAUUUUUUACUGUUGUUUUGAAACUAGACAUGAGACAGCUUUACUCAUUGACGUCAAACUAUGCUCCAACAAAGCUGUGCAAAUUUCUUCAAACCGUGAUUAACCUUUAUGAAUCUUUGAAUAUUUUCUGAGAUUUUCCGCCUCGUGUUUUGUGUAUUUAGGUGUAACGGCUCUCUGCCCAAUGGAGACAAGGGCAGGAGGAAAAGUCGCUUUGCUUUGUGUCGCAGAAACAAAGCCAACGGAGUGAAACCGAGCACGGUCCACUCCUCCUGCACACCUCAGGCUGCAAAGGUGAGAGCUGCACACACAGUUUAAGAUAUCUGAAUUAAAACAGGCUAAUCAAACACAGCGCAAAAGAUAGAGCAGUAGACCUCGAGAUCUGUUUCAAGGCUCCCCUUACUGAUGAUUUUCAGGUCCAUCUAUUCUGUUUUUUAACUCCAGUGAUUAUGUGAUGUUUUAGUGAGCUCCAAUACACUUAAGCAUCCAAUCAAUAGGUGAUACACAAUACUGGGGCGACUUUAAAUCAAAAAGAUUUUCAGAAAGGCUGCUCUUGUGUAUCGUCAGUUAUUGCUCCUCUGAUUCCCUUCAAUCCCCUCACCUCUGAGCUGUGAUAAAAGCCACAAGAUGCUGUUGAAUGGGAAGAGAGAGCUGGGUUUUAUGUGGCUGAGGGGCUAUGCAUGAAUGAGAGGAUCUCAACAAACAAAAAGAGCUUAGAGAUAAUGGUCAUCUGUCUGUGUUUUUAAAGGCUAUAAGCAACAAGGAGCAGCACAGUAUUUCCUACACUCUGUCCCGGGCUCAGACGGUGGUGGUGGAGUACACACAUGACUGCAACACGGACAUGUUCCAGGUCUGAAACAUCCAGAUUAUUUUUGGUGAUUUUAUUUUAUCUGUGGAUCACAUCACUUUUUGAGUGGAAUUCUCUGUUGGGAAAUCUCCACUGUCUGAAAUUUCUGCAUGUAUCUCAACCUCAAAGCCAUAAAACUCGAGCUUUGAUUUUGUCUGUUUUCCUGUUGCAUAAUAGUCUGAAUUUCCUCGACCCAUAAAUGGCUGUGGUGAGUCAGUUAGGAACGGAAAACUCUCAGAAUUGAGGAAUUAGAAGAGGAAAUGAGAAUCAACACGACUGCACACAGUUUGCUUUGAUAGAACUUCCACACAUUGUGACCUGUAUGUUUUCAUGCUUCUUUCCCACCCUGAUAUAAAUCCACACAAGACAAUUUGAACCAACUCAAAGUGGGUGCAUUAAACCAAAACAAUUGUAAUCUACUUUUCUAACUAGAAGAAAAACUACAGGUGACAACUUGAAAUUUCCAGAUUUGGAAACGUAAAUCUUGCGUGUGUCUCUUGUCACAGAUCGGUCGUUCCACUGAGACUCCUAUUGACUUCGUGGUGACGGACAUGUUGCCUGGAGGUCAGGACCAGGUGGAUGGUCAGGCUGUACAGAGCACCAUCUCUCGCUUCGCCUGCCGCAUCAUCUGCCAGAGAAACCCGCCGUACUCCGCACGGAUUUACGCCGCUGGUUUCGACUCCUCCAAGAACAUCUUUCUUGGGGUGCGCUGCUCUGAUCCCUGCUGUCUGAGGCUGAAAGUACAAAUGGCUAAUUCUGCACUGAACUCAAAUACUUUAAUUUUUUUACAGGAGAAAGCCGCCAAGUGGAGGAUGCAGGAUGGUCAAAUGGACGGACUGACCACAAAUGGCGUUCUUGUGAUGCACCCACAUCAUGGCUUCAACCAGGACUCCAAACCCGGUCUGUGGAGGGAGAUCUCUGUCUGUGGAAACGUUUUCACGCUGAGGGAGACCAGAUCAUCUCAGCAGAGGGGAAGGAUGGUAUGUGACCCUCUACACUUGAGGAGAACUGUGGUUUUACUGAAUAUAAAGCUUCUGUUGGAGUUUUCUCAUGUUUCUCACUUGAGAGAAUAGGGGUCUCAAUAACUUGAGAGGCUGUGAGAAUAAAGUGUUCAUGUUACAAAAAUUAAACCGUUACAUUAUGAGAAUAAAGAUGUAAAAUUAUGAGAAAAAGUGGGUAUGAUUUGUGAAUAAAGUUGUCUAGUUUAGAGUCUUUAUGUUAUAAGAAUAUAGAGAAGAAGAAGGAUGUUGUUAUGAGAAUAAAGUCUUUUUGUUUCUAGAAUAAAAUUGCUAUGUGACUCAAACAAAGUUGUUAUUGAAAUAAAAACAUGUUCUUCUAGGAUAAAGUUAAUAUAAUAUGAGAGCAAAGUUGUUAUGUGAUAAGAAUGAAAUCAUUAUGUAAAGUCAUUAAGUUUAUUAGGUCGAGUGCACUUAUUGUUCAAUCAGUUCAGUCAGAUUCCUGAUUCGACUUUCUGAAAAUGAAAGACUUCUGCAGGGUACCUUUGAUUAUUAUUUGAUUGCAGGCUCUUAGUUUGUAAUGUUGCUGACUUGUCUGUCUUUCAGGUGGACUGUGAGUCUAAUAAGCUGAUGGACGGGUCACUCAUCGACCUGUGCGGCACCACCCUGCUGUGGAGGACGGCCGAAGGCCUGUCUCACACUCCCACCGUCAAACACCUGGAGGCGCUGCGGCAGGAGCUGAACGCUGGGCGACCUCAGUGCCCCGUGGGCUUUAACACUCUUGCCUUCCCCAGCCUCAGCCGAAAGGACGUCCUGGAUGAAAAGCAGCCAUGGGCUUACAUGAGCUGCGGACACGUGCAUGGCUACCACAGCUGGGGCGGGCGCCGCAAUCCAGAGGUGGAGGCAGAGUGUCAGGAGAGGGAGUGCCCUAUGUGCAGAUCGAGGGGCCCCUAUGUGCCGCUGUGGCUGGGCUGUGAGGCAGGGUUCUAUGUGGACGCAGAGCCCCCCACCCACGCCUUUGUCCCCUGUGGUCACGUCUGCUCGGAGAAGACGGCGGCCUACUGGAGUCAGAUCCCGCUGCCGCACGGCACGCACACUUUCCACGCCAUCUGCCCAUUCUGCAUCCAGCUGUUGAGUGGAGAGUCCGGCUGUGUCAGACUGAUCUUUCAAAGCCCCCUGGACUAAAACCUCUCUGAGGACUGAACUUCAGGCUCUGGACCUUUAUUUUUAAUUUUUAACUUAAUUUAACUUAAAUUUGAUACUUUUACAGGACGAUUCUUGACACUUUUAAAUACGUGGGUUGAUUCCGUUUUCCUCUAAGGUGGUGAAACAUCUCCAUGGACUGCUGCAGAAGUACUGUGAUCCUGUCUGAAUGCUUUAUUAUUUAUUCUGACCUCCUUGGGGAUCUUUUUGUAAAUCAGUGUGGGAUUUAACAGCUCUGUUUUCCAUAGAUAUUUCCAACAGCUCAUGUCUGUCUCAUUGUGCCUUAAAAAACACCUCAUAGAGGACACCAGUGUUUUCAAACCCUGGAUUUAUUAUCAUACUUAGUAUAAAAAGUUGAGGUUUUUCUCCAGUAGAUGACUUCCCCUUGAAGUGCUAAGAUGAAUCUAAAAGGCUAUUUCCUUUGAUUGAAUAGAGUGUAUCCUCUUAAUUUUCUUGUUUUUCUCUCAGGUGUCUGAUCGCAGUACAGAAGGGAGAAAGUUUCUGUAUUUGCUCCAUCUCACUGGAAUCAAGUGUUUUUUUUCUCCUGUAACACUGUUUGUUGCCUCUGAACUUUUGAAACAUUUCAAAAGCACAAAAGCAUUUCAUUAAAUGCUAAAAGAAUUAAUUCAAUGAGAAUAAAUUCAUGAAACACAAAAAAUAUUUUAUGCAAUGUGAAAUAAUUUCACAAAGAGCAAAACCUAUUUAUUACAACUUGGAAAAAAACAAAAUGCAAAAAUGUUUACAGGAAUACAUAGAAAAAAAAAUCACAGAACAUCUAAAAGAACUCUUGCAAAUGCAAAAACAUUUUCUUGAAACAACAAAAAAAAUCAUUAAACAUCCACAAAAAUAUUGGCAAAGGUGAAUUUUUUUGUCUCAUAAAAUGUUUUUAUUUUAUGGAUUUAUUUUUUAUUUGGUGAAAUAUUUUUGCUUUUCUGGAAAGUUUCUGAGUUUGAAAAAAGUGUUUUAUGGGAGUUGUGCAGUGUUGAAGGUUUUCUAAUAUUUUUGAAUAUUUUGUGAAUUUUUGACGUUUUGGGGAAAUACUGGAACUUUUUAUUUGAUUAAAUGUUUUUGGGAAGCAGAGGAAUGUUUUUUUAACAUCAGAAAAUGUUUGUCCAGUGAACCUUCAGGGCCACUGUAAUCACCUGACUUUCAUACAAAUUUUGUACCAUAACUCAACAAAUAUACUAGACAUGUUUUGGAAACCUGAAAGUUGUUGUCCUUUGACCUGAAACACAAACAUACUGAUGAACCGUACUGCAGCACCACCUUGAGGCCAAACUGUUAAACACUUUCUUGUGUAGCUGUCUUCAGAUAUAACCAGUUUGUUGGAAAAAAAAAGGUUUCAUGUGAAAUUGGUAGCGUAAAUGACAACAAUAGAAAGUUGUUGAAGCAUCAAACACAAAGAUGCAAGACAUCUUAACAAACUGGUGAAAAAGGCUGGCUCUGUGGUUGGACUCAAGCUGGACUCAGUGGAGGAUGUGGUGGAGAGAUCUACACUGAGGAAGGUGGAGAUUAUUCUUAAGAACAUGGAUCAUCAACUUCACAACACCUUAAUGGACCAAAGGGCCAAUGGUGGUGGACAGCUCCUCUUUCUUCGCUGCAGGACAGAAAGAUUCAGAAGAUCUUUUGUACCAACAGCCAUCAGACUUUAUAACUUUUAUGUAAAUAAUAGAUAACUUUUAUAGACAUAUUAUGUGAGACAACAGACAAUUGAAUUUCAUCUCGGGGAUCAAUAAAGUUCUUAAUUCUUAAUAGAUGUGAAACAUCUUAAAAGA